ACCUGACCACCGUCGCCCCCGCCCGUGACACCUGCACCGCCCACACCGCCCGCAUUAACUUCUGGUGUGACACUUGCCGCCUGCCGCUGUGUAGGGACUGUACCGUGUUGGCUCAUAGGGAGUCCCAGGGGCAUAAGGUUCGUGACCAUGAUCAGGCCGUGGCGGUGCUACGGGCCGAGGUGCGAUGCACUGUGGGGGAAGCCCUGACCUGCUGCAGGAGACAAGAGUGCGGCACGAUCAACGUAAGUAUCUCCUGCGGCAGCUGGACGCAGCUCGCGCCUACGAGAAGCAGCUCAAGUCUGAACUUAAGACUCUGGACAACGACAAGAAGGACGAGACUCGAGGCCGUCUGGACCGUAUUGAGAAUGACUCAGAGAACGAGACCUCGCUGGUGGGGCUACACGAGAUGGCUCAGCGGGCGGGCUCUCUGGUGAGUCGUCUCUCUCAGGACCUGGCUACUGCCAAGGCGGUGCUGGCAGACUCCUUCCUCACACUGGGCAAGCUCAACCGCUCUCAGGAUGACCCUGACGCCAUCGACAUCAGGUCCGCCGCUAGUGGCAGGUCGCCCAGUAGCCCGGCCCGAGGCUGUGUGGACCGUCGCAGUCAGAGCCUGGCGGGCCACUACAGCAGCAGACGUCUGGCCCACAACGGCAGGGCUAACAAGGUGGCCAUGUUGCGGCCCGCCCUCAGCCUGGAGGCGCCCAUCCCCACCAUACAGCCUCUCCCUAGAGUCUUCCUUGACCUGAGCAUCGAGGGCAUACAGCAAACAGCACGGGUGGUUAUUGAGCUGAGGCCAGACAUGGCACCCAAGCUAUGUGAGAACUUCACUCUGCUGUGUACGGGGUCCAGGGGGUUCGGAUACCGCGGCAGUCAGGUGUUCCGGUGUCUCCCUGGCUGGUGGCUCCAGGGAGGAGAUUUCCAAUCCAACGACGGAGAGGGCGGGCGUGCUGCCCUGGGUGAUGACGAGCUCAUCAGCGCUGAGACCACAG